GCAGCCACUUUUUCUUUUCAUUCAUCAUCUGCCAGAUUGGCUGACGAUUUUUUACGGAAAAGAAGUCAAACUCGGCCGUGCUCGCGCGAACGGAAUCUGCCAGGAACCGUCGCGGAUUUCGGAACUUGUUAGUGCGUUAGUGUAAAUGAAUUGGAUUAGGGGAACUUUAAAAAGUUGAAGUUUGUUGAUUUUUCGGUUGUGCAAUUUGGGGAGCGAUUUUCGAAGGAGGAAAACUCGACGUGAAAAAAAACUUCCGGAUUUGUUCCGUGAAGGGGGUUCGUGUGGCAAGUGUGUUUGUGUCCUCUUUUUUUUUCUUUUUGCCUGGUGGAGACCCUAAAGUGAAACCACAAAAUUGAAAGUGACACUUUUUCUCGUGGCAUAAAAUUGCUGCAGCAGACAGCUGGAGGAGGAGACGAAGCAAGGAGGAGCAGGAAGAUUCAAGGCCCACUUGUUUCGGUGACCUCGUCUCGGAUGAGCUUGUGUUGUUGUUGGUGGUGACCUGGUCUUCAGCAGGUUCAACAAUACACACACGGAAGUGAUUUCUAAUCGUUGGUGCAGAAGCAACGCAAAGAGUUCGGAAAGAUGGCCAAGGAACCUGCCUCGCUGUACAACCAGUGCCUGCUGGCCUACGUGAAAAACCUGAAUCACAACGUUGCCAGCCUGGACCGGAUUGCCGAGCUGCGGCACCUGCCGACGGCGAUUCUGGCCACGGUCUACGAAGAGAUGUGCAACUUCGACUCGCUCAAGGACAUCCUGCUCGUGCAGCUGACCGACCUGGACACCUUCAACCGCCUGAUCCGGCAAGCGUCGCUCAAGCAAAUCAUGUUCAAGUGCGUCCAAACGCUGAUGACCGCGCACCGGAUGGUGGUGAGCGAACUGCAGACCAACUACUGCCGCUCGACCAGCGUGUACUACCUGCAGAACGGGGCCGUGACGGGGGCGGUGCGGGACGCCUGCCUGGAAGAUCAUGCCGGAGCGCGGCGGGAGGGGGACGACCGCGAUAAGGCAGGGCAGGACACUAGUUGGCGGGUUGUGGCGGCGUUCGUGGACCAGAUCGACAACGGGAUUCGGCUGGGGUCGUUUCUGUGCGAGUCGGGUUGGCUGGAGGACUCGCUGCACGUGUUCAACAUCACGCUGGACAUGAUCCAGCUGCUGCGGGCCAGCUACAUGCGGUACCUGAUCGAGCUGAACUGUAUUCAGAAACUACUCUGCGCCCAAACCGCGUUCUGCUGCUUCAAGGAGGCGAACGUGACCUGCGCCCAGGCGCUGGCCAUCAUCGACAAGCUGACCCAGCAGCACCAGCAGGACCUCAAGUCUUCGUCGCAGCCGUGCAGUUCGAGCAGUUCUUGCAGCAGUCGGAAAAGCAGUCACAGUUUUAGCAGCGGCAGUAAUAACGGGGAAGAUGUGGACGCACUGAGUAACAUCCCCAACUCGUUGCUGGCCAACAUCUACCAGCAGAUUUCGGUGCUGCACUUUUACCGCAGCGAGUACGACCUGAGCUAUCGGUGGAGCAUCCGGGCGUUGAAGCACAUCAACAAGCACACCCCGGAUAGAAUCAUCGUGGACGUCCUCCGCCAGGUCGCCAAGUCCUGCGUCGUCAAGCGCCAGUUCCAGUCGGCCAGCAUGCUCAUCAAGCAGGCCGUCUGCCGGGCCCGGAACAGCUUCGGCACGAACCAUCAAAAGUACGCCGACGCGCUGCUCGACUACGGCUUCUUCCUGCUGAACGUGGACUCGAUCGCCAACAGCGUCGCCGUCUACACCGAAGCGCACGAAAUCCUCUGUCGAAUCUUUGGCCCGCGCAACCUCCACGUCGCCGUAGCCCACGAAGACCUGGCCUACUGCCUGUACGUGCUAGAGUACAGCUCCGGCAAGUUCGACUCCGCCACCGCAAACGUCGAACGCGCCAUCGACAUCAUGAAGGAACUCGUCCCCAGCAACCACCUGAUGCUGGCCUCAGCCAAGCGCGUUAAAGCCCUCAUCCUCGAAGAGAUCGCCCUGGACACGAUGGCCUCCACCAUCGACUACAACCGCUGCAAAAGUCUCCUCGAGCAGUCCGAGGAACUCCACCGAUCCGCCCUGCACCUCUCCCUGGAAGCGUUCGGCGAGACGAACGUCCAAACCGCCAAACACUACGGCAACCUCGGACGGCUCUACCAGUCCAUGUCCAAGUUUGACGACGCCGAGCAGAUGCACAAGCGGGCGAUCCGCAUCAAAACCCACAUCCUCGGUCCGUACGACUACGAGGUGGGGCUCUCGAUCGGCCAUCUCGCGUCCCUCUACAACUAUCACAUGCAGAAGCACCAGGAGGCGGAAGAGCUGUACUUGAAGAGCAUCGAGAUUAGCCUGCGGCUGUUCGGUGAGUCGUACUCGGGGCUGGAGUACGACUACCGGGGGUUGAUCCACAUCUACGAGUACACCGGCGAUCAGGCCCGCUACGACCAGUAUUCGAACGUGCUCGAGGAGUGGCGGAUGCUGCGCGAGAACAACCAGGCCGUGCGGAACAACUUCCCCGCCGACCUGACCGAGGACUCCUCGAUGGAGGAGGUGACGCGGAAGUUUUUCGAAAUGUGCUCCAACAUCAACUGCCUGACGGGGGAACCGAACGAUGCCGCCGCCGCCGCCGACGAGCUCACGGCGGACCCCGGCGAAGGCGAUCCCACCCCAAACCAAGAGGACAUCUCGCCCGCAGCAGCAGCAGCAGCAGUUUCGCCGGCCUUGGAGGACAUUCUCCGAAUUCUCUGAGAGAAACACAAAACACAGCGCGUGUCUUCCGCUUUGCUGCGAGUUGCGAGAGCUUCAAAAUUUGGUUUUUUU